CCGGCACCUUUUCUCUCGUGAUCAGAGAUAUGACGAUAGCAUAUACCACCUUCACUGGCAUGGAGCAUCCAUACCAAAAGCCUCAUGGACUACAGAUUGCAUCAGCUAUCAAUCUUCGUACAGACCCGAGAUGUCGAGGGUGCUUUGAAGACUGCUUCCAGCAAGGCCAGAUGGGGUCCUGCGUUGCGAAUGCAACCGCGGCUUGUUAUCUCUUCGAGCUCCGCAAACAUAAUGCUCUCAAUAAUAUUCCUGGCGAGGCAAUUAUUCCGUCUCGGCUGUUCAUCUACUACAAUGCUCGCACUGCGGUAUCCCAAAUCAUUGCGGAUAGAGGGUGUUUCAUACGUCACGCAUUCAGAAGCCUGGCAAAGUAUGGAGUAUGCUCAGAGGCUUCAUGGCCCUAUGAUAAACUGAGAAUAAAUGAGCAGCCGCCCGAUACUUGUUUUCAAGAGGCACUUGGACACAGAAUAUCUACGCAUGAGCGAUUAGACGUCCAUCGUAACGCAAAAGGAUAUGACGCAACUUUUGAUAUGGAUGUAGAUGGUCACAAUGUCCUUGAAAAUCUACGGUCUUGUCUCAGUGAUUGUCGCCCAGUGGUUUUCAGUCUCACUUGGAAGAUUGGGGAUGUUGUAUGGGACAGAGACGGACCAAAUGGCAUGUGGCAAAUUCACGCAAUGACAAAGAAAAGGCACUCCAAAGUCUCCCUGCCAAAAGCCGCGCAUGCUGUCCUAGCUGUUGGUUAUGAUGACAAUCUGAGGUAUGUCCUUUGCCAGAAUUCGAUGGGUGUAUCGAAAUCCCUGUUUUGGAUUCCCUAUGAUUGGAUCACUGAUUUUUAUGCCACGAGCGAUUUUUGGACGAUGAAAAUAGCUGUUGAAGCCCCUAAAUGA